UCGAAUAGUUUUUUGUGAAACAUUACCUCUGUAUAUCUAUCUUAGACUAAGUAAGUCUAAUUACAUCCAUUUACUUACCUUACCUGAACUCAAUCCUGAAAUCAAAACAAAAAGAUUGGUUCCUCCAGGCGAGAGAAAAGAGAAAUGGGGAAGAAAGGCCAGAAGGAAAAGCAGCAUGAAGAAUUGCUUAAAACAUUAGGAGAUUUUACCUCCAAAGAGAAUUGGGACAGCUUCUUCACCAUCAGAGGUAGUGAUGAUGCUUUUGAAUGGUACUCGGAGUGGCCACAACUUCAAGAGCAUCUUCUCCCCCAUAUAUCCGGAGAUUCGCUGGUUCUUGUCCCUGGUUGCGGGAAUUCUAAUCUCUCCGAACACCUUUACGAUGCGGGGUGCCGGAAUAUCACCAAUAUUGACUUCUCCAAGGUCGUAAUAUCUGAUAUGUUGAGGAAAAAUGUCCGAUCCCGUCCAGAAAUGAAGUGGCGUGUCAUGGACAUGACUUCUAUGCUGUUUGCGAAUGAGAGCUUUGAUGUUAUUGUGGACAAGGGAGGUUUGGAUGCUUUAAUGGAACCAAAGCUUGGUCCUAAGUUAGGAAAUCAGUAUUUAUCUGAGGUGAAGAGAGUACUAAAAGCUGGAGGAAAGUUUUUUUGUCUCACCUUGGCAGAAGCUCAUGUAUUAGAUGUUCUUUUUCACAAGCUUCGCCAUGGAUGGAAAAUGAGUGUUCAUGCCAUUGCUCAAAAACCAUCUAAAAGGUCUAGCCUGCAGACUUACAUGGUAAUGGCUGAAAAGGACAAUUCUUGCGUGUUGUCACAAAUAUUCUCCCCGAUUGAUCAUUCUUCUGUUUGUUCAUCUUCACCGGGAAAUCAGGCUGAUGGGCUACAUCAGGCACUCAAAACUGAAAACAAAAUCCGCGAGGCAUAUUCCAAUUGCACCGAUAAAAUCUACUCACUUGAAGAGUUGAAGUUAGGAGCUCAAGGGGACAUUACAGAGCUCUGUCCAGGUCGACGACUUCAGCUAACCUUAGGAGAGCCUGGGAUUUCCAGCUUCUCAUAUAAAGCUGCACUUCUUGAUGGCCGUGAAGAGUUGGGUCCAUUCUCAUAUCACUGUGGGGUAUUUCUUGUUCCAAAGGUUCUACUAGAUUGCAGCCAUACUCUUGCCAGUAUGGAUGAUAUCCAGGUCACGUCUCCUUUGACUGGUCCAAUAACCGUAGAUGAUGUUAUAUAUGAACACACUGAGGAAAACAUCAGUAAUCUCUUCUCAUCAGCCAAUAUCAUAUUCCGCCGCCUUACUUUCCAAAGAACUGAGAGUUUGGUGCAAUCUGAGGCUGUGUUAACACGUGAAGCAUCCCCAACAAUUAAACCUGGGAAAGAUCAGAAAAAAAGCCCAAGAUCUAAAUCCAAAAAGAAGGGUCACACAAAUUCUGAGGGAUUGAGAAUUGAGUGGAAGGUUAACCAUCGAUACUUGGCUAGUUCGUAUCACACUGGAAUCAUUUCUGGACUUAUGUUGAUAUCUUCAUAUUUGAAAAGCGUAUCAUCAAAAAAAGACAUGUUUACUGCUAAGUUGUAUCUAUGUUUGUCCUUUUUGGCCAUUCAGCUAUCUCAAAUACUAUUUCAGUUAAUUGCAGAUUUGCAGAUUUGUUUUGAAGGGUGCAAAACUAAUGAUCAAAUGCAGGUUGUGGAGUUAGAACCAGUGGUUCUAGACCUUGCUAGAGACCACUUUGAUUUUAUAGAAGAUGGAAAUUUAAAGGUACAUAUUACCGAUGGGUUAAAGUUUGUUAAAGAGGCAGCUAGUUCAGUCACUAGUAGUAGUAGGGAAGAUCAUCUGCCCAAGUCAGCAGUCCCUUUGUCAAAUGGAAAUUCAUUGUCCCAUGCAGAAUCCAUUAACACUUCUCCCAUUGACAUUCUCAUUGUCGAUGUGGAUUCUUCAGAUUCGAGUUCUGGUUUGAGCUGCCCUGCUGCAGAUUUUGUGGAAGAAUCAUUUCUUGCAUCCGUAAAAGAAUCUCUCUCUGAGCAAGGCCUUGUCAUAGUCAACUUGGUCUCUAGGUCUCCCGCCAUUAAACAAAUGGUCUUUUCAAGGAUGAAAUCGAUAUUUAAGGCGAUCUUCCACCUUGAGCUCGAGGAAGAUGUGAACGAAGUUGUCUUUGCUCUCAAGACCGAAAGCAGUAUUUCGGAGGAAGGCUUUCCCGGAGCUUGUGAUCAACUUUUGAAGUUGAUGGGGAUGGAAGAAUCAGAGUUUGGGAGACCCAUAAUUGAUGCUUCCAAGAAGAUAAAGAGGAUACAAUGAAUUGCCUAGUAUUUCUAUUAUUACUAAAACAAGAUGCAAAUAUCACACUUCCCUUUCUCAGGUAUAUGCAUGGACUUGUCAUACCAAUUACCAAGUGCAAGUUUUCUUUUCUACAUCAACAAAUUAAUUAAAAGCAAAUUAAACAUUUUUUUACAUAUUUAUCGUUUAUACUCUCUCCAUUUCAAAAUAUUCAUAUUUAAUUUAUCAUAUUCUUCAGUGUAUUAUUUUGAUCAUUAAUAUUUGGAUUUAUAUAUAAAUGGAUUUUUUUUAUGAACAAUGAUAUUUCAAAAACUGUGUUUUACAAGUUACAACAAAUAUAGUGAUAUUCAGAUUACAUUAAAAUUGUAUGUUCUCGUUUUCAUAAUCAAUAUUUACAACAUUU